AUGUCGCCAAAUCACAUUGCGGAAGCUGUCGCGAUGUGCGAGGAGCCCUGCGAAUCGGCAGCAUUGUCGGCCUGUCGCACUGGCCUGGUCGAGGGUCUGUGCCAUCCAGAUUCCGAAUUCGUCAAGGCAUUCAGGCCCUGCGCGGCAUGCCUGCAGCAGACCCCCCAGCUUCCUGUCAUGAUAGAACCGUCAGGGCUCUCUCCAUUUCUAUCAUUCUGCGGCAUCAAGAUCAAUCAUCUCAAAAUACGGACGCCCCCCGAUGAUAGUAGUGUCGCAUCAUGGUACUAUAAGGUCCAGAUUGCGUCAACAUCUUCCGACCAGCCAACAACAUCCUCCAAUCCAUAUAUGUCUGCACCAACUGUUUCGUCCACAGAUUCGGAUGCGAAUGCCGCCAAAUAUUAUUCUAAUGCUUGA